UUUUGAAAGAUUCUAACAGGAAGUCUUCUUGUUGUUGCGGUUGGAGAAAGCAAAGCUAGCAGUUACAACUUCUCCGGUGUUUGUUUCUCUCAGAAGACCAUAACUUGUGUGCUUUAGCGAACGAUAGUGGCAACGGUGUCUAAACAUGAUCAUCCCUGUACGGUGCUUCACGUGUGGCAAGAUUGUUGGUAACAAAUGGGAAGCAUACCUUGGUCUUCUUCAAGCCGAGUACACAGAGGGUGACGCCCUGGAUGCCCUGGGACUGAAGAGGUACUGCUGCAGGAGGAUGCUUCUUUCUCACGUGGAUCUUAUUGAGAAAUUGCUGAAUUAUGCGCCAUUGGAGAAAUGAAAACUAGAAGAACUGUUUGGACUUUGUGCAGGCUGAAGUUUUGAAUGUUUGUGUUAUUAAUGUGAUGCAUUUUUCUAAAUAAAGCUGUUGAUGGCAUUGCUACAUGUGCUUAUA